AACAAUAUCAUAUUCUGCAUCUUUAUUAUUGGUUUGCGUUCUGCAUACUCUCUAGAUUAUUCAAACCAAUAUCUGAAUCCAAAUCAAAUCAUUGCUUAAACAGCCAAGUUUUUUUCAAUUAAAAUAAGCUUACCAUGUAACUUAACCCGUGCAUGUUUUAAUAAAGAAAUUUGUAGCAAGCAAAUGAGCAAUGAAGAACAGCAUUGGAUUAUGUGCUCUCUUAGCUUAGAGAUUCCAAAUGUAUACAGCAAUAUGGUAUUUUCCAAGAAGGAGAACCACAUGUGCUUUCAACAAGGCACUCUUGGAUCUACUCAUAAAGACAACCUUAUUGGCCUCUGUUCACUCUUUACUCAUUCUAUUCUUUAAUUUUGGCAAGUGCAAGUGGGGAUAUAAUUGUAAAUUUUGAAUGCACUACAUAACAUAGAUAUGAGUUAUGUCUCUCUGUUGUGUUUUCCAUAGCCUAUCAUCCUAGCUUGUCACCUACCACUGCCAAGAAUAUGUGAUGUAUAAAUAUAGGAAGUAAAAAAACAGUAAAACAAAUUUUAAACAUAGGUGAAAAUAUCAAGUGUAGUUAGUAGUAAAAGCAACAUCAAAUGAAAUGAGAUGAACUAGAAGCUUAUGUCUAUGUGAUAGAGAGUUUUCAAUCUUUCAUCCGGGCUGAACUUUAAUGUUUAUCAAGAAACUCUAUUACAAUCCAUUUUGCCAUUCUAUAUAUAAACUAGAAAAGGCUGCAAAUGCUUAACCCCACAUGUUUAUUUUAUGCCAUUAUGCAUAAUAUAUAUUAACUUAAGCUCAAAUUGUAUCUACCUUCUCCCUUCCCUCACAUUAAUCUCAUUCUCUCUGAAUUGGUGACAACUUUUUAGUGAUUGUGUCAUCUGUGACAAGGGAAAAAUAGAAUAUUUAGCUUGGUCAACUUAUGGGGAAUGACACACAAUCUUCAGAAUGGAAAAUGUUCAUAUUCUCAACAAAAGAAAGGGGAAUCAGAGUUCAGCAAAAGCUCAUUGAUUUGCUCUUCCAAGCAAGCCUUGUGUUCAUCAUGUUUCCACUUGUUGGCUCAGAACAAGAUCACAAGAAAAUCAGUGGCAUUCAUGCAAGCAACAACAGAGGCCACAACAUUAAGCAUAUGAAGAUGAAUCCUAGACUUGAGUUUGAAAUCAAAUUGCAUGGAUUUCUUCUGUGGAGUUCUAUGGCAUUCUUGAUGCCUCUUGGUAUAGUAGCAAUUAGAUUCUCAAACAGACAAAGAAAUCAAAGGAGGCUUAGAAUUACAUUCUAUGUUCAUGCAAUUUUGCAGAAGGCUGCUGUACUUAUUGCCACAGCAGGGGCAAUCAUGUCCAUAAAGAAUUUCAACAAUUCCUUUAACAACAAUCAUCAAAGACUAGGGCUUGCAUUAUAUGGUGUUGUCUGGCUCCAAGUCAUAGUUGGUAUUUUUAGGCCACAAAGGGGAUCAAGAACAAGAAGCAUGUGGUUCUUUGCACACUGGAUAAUUGGAACUGCAAUGUCCUUAUUAGGUGUUAUAAAUGUAUAUCUUGGUUUACAAGCCUACCAAGAAAAAACAUCAAGAAGCAUAACAACUUGGAACAUUCUUUUCACUGUUCAGAUAUCUUUGAUUGUUUUCUUCUACCUUGUUCAAGAAAAAUGGGACUACAUAAGAAAACAAGGAGUAGCCUUAGGCAAUGAACUAUUGGAUUUGGAUCCCUCUUUGCAAGAAAUUGGUUCAGAUAACAAGAAGGGAUUCAAGGCAGAAUCUGUUUAAGGAAAGAUGAAUCAAUUCCUUACCAUUAUUGAUCUUCAAAUUUACAAAGGAUACAUGUUUUUGAAACAUCUUUGAGCAUUGAUGAAUGAGAAUUUAUUUUUUGAUUUA